AUGCGCGACCGGCCCUGGCCGCUGCCCAUGUCCCACCAGGACGUGGCCAUCCGCCACCGCUGCGCGCGGCUGCUGCAGGCACUGCAGCGCCUGGUGCAGGCCAAUGAUGACAUGGAGACCACCUUCUCCAUGCUUAGCAAGGGCUGCUUCGAAGUUGCGGCUGAUGGUUAUUUGGAGGCCCCGAUCUACAGCAAUCAGCAGAUCGAGGCUGCCUGGUUGUUUCUCUUCGAGGUCCGGCGCCGGUACUUCAACCGGCGAAAGCAGAUUCAGGAGUGCACGCGAAUCCUGGGGAGUUCCUACAACUGGUCCUUGGUGCUCACGGGCUCCAAAAAGAUUCAGCAGACGCUCCGUGGCAUGCCGCCUGAUGCGCGGAUGGAGAUCCUGGAGGAUGCCGGCGCCCUGGACCUCCUGCCGCUGUUCCGAGAGGAGCGGCCCAGAGCCCCUGAGCGCCCGGAGCGCCCGGAGCGCCCGGAGCGCCCGGAGCGCCCCGACGGCUGGCCCAGCUUAGAUCGGCCGGAGCGCCCGGAAGCCUGGCCAGGAGAAGAGCAGAGGGGCGAGGAUUGGCCUCGGAAGAACCCAUUCAAGCAGGACUGGGAACGGCCCGAAGGCGCGCCACGCCCGCCAUCCGCCUCUGGGAAUCCUUUCAGGAAAGACCGUCCGGCUGAGCCGGAGGCUUUUGGUUGGCCCAAGAAGAGCCCGUCCGAAUCGCGACCAAAGGAGGGCCUUGAGGCCUUUGGCUUUGCCCCCCCUGUGCGAGACAGGAGGGAAGGAAGGGAUGCCCUGGAGGCCUCUGGCUUUGCCCCUCCCGUCUCGAGGAGAGAGAGCGAGAGCCACGGGAGCCAAGCGACCUUCAUGCCUCAAGAUGUGCUGGAAGGUGCCAAGUUUGCGCAGGAGUCUGGGCUCAGCGCUAAGGACAUGGCGUCUGGGGCGCGGAUGGCGCAGGAGUCUGGGCUCAGCGCCAAGGACAUGGUGUCUGGGGCGCGGAUGGCUCAGAAGUCAGGCGUGACCCCCCAGCACGCCGUGGAGGGAGCGCGGAUGGCGCACCAGGCCGGCGUGCGUCCACAGCACGUCGUGCAGGGGGCGCAAAUGGCACAUCAGGCUGGACUGAGGCCACACCACUUUGCAGAAGGUGCCAGGGUGGCUCAGCAGGCCGGCGCCACGCCUCAGAAUGUCCUGGCCGCCGGCAAAGCGUUUGCAGCACCCCGGCGCUGA